AUGGAGCGACAACUUAUUAUUGAGGCUUUUAAGGCUACCACUAGCGCAAAUGGACAAAAAGAAGCAACGGAAUUUUUAAAUCAGGUACUAUUUUCGUUUUAUAAUUUUUUACUUUAGGUUAACAAGUCAAAUGAGAGUAAAUGACUGUUUCAGAAUAGUUCUAUGAUUGGAUUUACUAGCCUACUGUUGGAUAUUGUUAGUGAUGAGACUGUUGAGCUGGCCGUCCGUCAGGCUUCAGGGAUAUUCCUCAAAAAUCAUAUACGGGAGUUGUGGGUUUUGGAUGCUGAUGAGGUUGGCAAGAAGUUACCAAUUGCCGAGCAAGACAAGGUGGCUAUUCGACAGGUUAUUGUAGCGAAAAUAAUUAGUGCCCCUGAGGCUUUAAAGUAAGUUUUUUUAUGAAAAAAUUAUUUCUUUUGUUUAGGGUUCAACUCUGCGUUUGCAUGCAGUUUAUUCUUCGUCAUGAUUUCCCUGAAGUUUGGCCAGGAAUUGUCGAUGAGCUACUGAGGCUGUUCAGUUCUAACGAAGGCGCCGCCUGGUAUACCGGACUGCUUAUUACCCAUCGGCUAGCCAAGAUCUUCGAGUACAAGAGACAAGUUGAUAAGAAACCUUUUUUGGAAACGAUGGCCCGAUUGUUACCUGUUUUUUAUGCACGAUUUGCUGCUAUAAUUGAUGAUCAAAGUCAGGAGGCAAAUGUGUUGCAGAAGUUAAUGCUCAAGAUCUUUUAUUGUUUUAUCCAGGUAUGGUUCAUUUUGUUGAAGUAAUUUUUUCGCUUUAGUUUUCCCUGAGUACGGAUGCCUUAACCCCGGAGUCGUUUGGCCACUGGUUGGCUCUUUUUGUUAAAAUUGUUGAACGAGAUAUCCCUACUGAAGUCGAGCAAAUCGAUUAUGAAGACCGUGACGAGACCAUUUGGUGGAAAUGCAAGAAGUGGGCUUUGAAGAUUAUCGAGCGGGUUUUCGAAAGAUAUGGCUCUAAAGGCCACGUAGAAGCUUCUUACAAAGAAUUCGCUGAAUAUUACACGAAAAAUUAUUUGGCUCCCGUUGUUACGAGUGUCUUAAAGGUGUUGGAGAGGUAUAUCCGAAAAGAAUAUGUCACCAACCGAGUCAUGUAUUUGAGUAUUUGCCAUGUGGCGGAGGCAUUAAGCCAUGGGUCUAUUUGGAAAUUGGUGAAGCCCCAUUUGGAUGUAAGUGUUAAUUUUUCUCUAUCUUUUAUUUUUAGGUUAUCUUCUGCGACAUUCUUUUCCCCUUGAUGCAAUUUACGGAUGUUGACCAAGAAUUGUGGGAGGAGGACCCCGAGUCUUACCUCCGAGAGAAACAAGAUUGCUUCGAAGAGGUUCGGUCCCCGGCUUCUGCAGCCAUCCGUUUCUUGAAUGCCGCGGCGAAGCGCCAAGGAAUCCUCCUUCCCAUUCUUACCCAGGUCAUUACCAAACUCCAAAAUGAAGAAUGUGGACCCCACGAUCUUGAUGGAUCCCUUCAUGUGAUUGCUGCAUUAGCCCCAACUCUUUGUGAAGACAGAAGGUACAAGAAGGAUGUUGAGAAACUAAUCAUCCAGAAUGUCAAACCACGAAUCACUCAUCCUGCCAAGUUUGUUAGGGCUCGUGCUUUAACAGUUAUAAAGGAAGCCGCGGAAGCACCUUUCAAAGAUCGAAUGUUCUUGGCCGAUUUGGUAGAGACUAUCACUCAGCGACUAAAGGACCCCAAUGAGGAACUUCCAGUCAAGUUUGAAGCCGCGAUUGCCAUACAAUCCCUUGUUAGUAAUCAGCCAGACAACGUGGCCGCCUUUGUUAAACCUCGAAUUGGAGAUCUUCUUAGAGAAAUAUUGAGGUUACUGGCUCAACAUAAUCUCGAAGAUUUGCCUGCUGUCAUUGAAACUCUUAUCGAAGCAUAUUCCGAUGAUGUCAUUCCCGUCGCUGAGAUUGUUGUCUAUGAGUUGGUGAGAACUUUUUGUUGUGAUCAUGUUUUAUGUUUAGGUGCAAGUUUUCAAUCAAUUGGCCAAAGCUGACGACGGGUCUGCGCUAAAUGAGAACAGCAUGACCAUAAUGGGAGUGCUGGCCACAUUAGAAACUAUUCUUCAGUUAGUGCAUGAUAGCCAGGAGGCAUUGGACAAGAUUGAACCGAUUGUGGCUAAUACUGUAGCGGAGAUUUUGGAUGCAUUCGCCGCUGAUUUUUUCGAAGAGGCGGCUUCUUUAAUCGACUGUCUGUUGACCCAUCGGAUUUCACCUCAAAUGUGGGUCGUCUACGACAAGCUUUUGGAUGCCUUCGAAGCAGAAGGAAGUCUUUUCUUUACAGGUACGCUGUUUUGAACAAGUAAUUUCUUACGUGCGUUUAGAUUCAAUGCCAGCCUUCGCCAAGUUUGUCACCAAAGAUCCAGCGGCAUUCAUGGCGGAUCCUCAGAGAUUACUUCGAAUGUUAGUGUUGAUAGAAAGAGUACUCAAUGAUGAGGAAUGCGGCGAUGAUAUUCACAUGUACGCUGUGAAAAUGUUGGAAAUAUUGUUGAGUCACUACAAAGGCCAUCUUGAUCAAGUUUAUCCCCAAAUUAUUGCUCUAGUCAUGAAGAAGUUAUUGGCCGAACAGACUGAAUUCGAAGACAUUCAUGCUCAAUGUUGUGUUGUAAGUACAUUUUCUAGCCAUGAUAACCUAAUUGGGUUUAUGUAUAAUUUUAAAUCUUCUGAGAUUUAAAAGGCCUUUCUUGGUUAUCUCUGUUUUAUUUGGAUGAUGAGUAUCAUUAAAACAAUUUAAUUAGUACAAAAUUAAAAUUUUGGAAGUUCACACUAACUAAAGUUUUUGCCGCCGAAGAGUGGACUUGGUGUCACAAGUAACCCGAUCUCGCACUUGGUGAAGUUAGGGUACUUUUUAUGAUUUUUUUUGCCGUAUUCUUAACUUAACUGCCGACUCGUAUGGGAAGUGUUAAAUAAGUAUUUUUCAUAUUCGUCUUUAAGUUGUCAGGGGUUGUAUUCUUGCAGACUCUAAUCGAGGCCUUAAAUUACAAUCAGCAGUUGUUUAUUCAAUUAAUUUCCCAAUACGAACCGCAUCAUGCCAACAAUUUCAACUGGUUCUUUGAAUAUGUUUACACUCAUUUUGCCAACUUCAAUGGAAUCCACGAUCGAUCUGUUCUUCUCUAUGCUCUCUUCCUGGCCUUCAAGAUGGACAAGGCGAUUCGGCCAUCCAUUGUUAACACACAGCCUCAGAAGUUGAUGGAAGUUAUUAUCAAAUUAUUUGAGGAUAUUCAAAAAUGCAAGAAACUGAUUCAUGAAGCUGAUGACGACGAUUCUGAUGAUGAUGACUCGGACGAUGAUGAGAACGAAGAAAGAGAUGCUGAUCUUCAAGACUCAGAUGAUGAUAUCAACGAGAAUGAACAAGAAUAUAUGUUAUCCUUGGAGAAGAAGAUGGCUGCUGAUGUGUCUGACUCGGAAUGUAGUGAAGAGAGACAUUCUUUCGUAGAGGCUACUGAAUUGGAAGAGUUUGAGACUCCAUUUGACGGAGAGAACCCUGCCAUUAAUGUUCAUACUCUAUUUAUGGAUGUCAUGAAUGGUGAGUAAUGUUUUCGGAUGCUUUCUGAGUCUCCAAUCUUUUUAUGGACAAGCUGUUUAUCAGUCUUUGGGUAAACGUGUUGCGCGCCUUCCUAUUUUUUAUUAAUUUAUUUGUUUUCAGACCUCGAAUCGACGGAUUCUCCGCUUUACAAUCAACUCCUGGCUAUCCCAGAAGAAAAGAAAACUCAAUUGAAAGAUCUAAUUCAGCUAUGUCAUCAAGAGAAGGAGGCCCUCAGGUCACGCCAGCUCAAUUCCUCGGGUGGAUACAACUUCAACAACUCCGCUGACGUUCCUUCCAACUUUGCUUUCCAAUGA